CCCGAGUUAGCGCCCCGCCCCCAAUGCCCCGGCUUUCGUCAUGCCUCAAUCCCCUUCACCUCGGCUGCGUCAUUACAGGACGAUGACCGCAAUAUGUUUCGUAUGCAACUUGCCGAUUCUGUCCCAUCAAGUGGGACUGGUGUGGGCCGGAGGAAACGGCUGGGACGAACUGACGCGCUCUACGCUAGAAGAAUCCACUCUGAGGCAACGGCUGGGCAGCCGCAGGGACUCCGCCGCUCAAGUCUCCUGCCUGUCACCGCCAGAACCAGAUGUCUCCGAUCAACCACGAGGUGGACCCCGGCGUCGCCGGUCUUCGCUAGCUCAACUCACAGAUAUAUUGCGCGAGUGGGGCGGCGGCGGCAGCCAGCCGCGCCGUCAGAGAGCACCUCUGUCUAGACGUGAAACCCUCGCAGAUUUAGCGCGAUCUCUGCCAUGGGCCCGACAUGAGCCUCCACCUCGACGCCGAAGAGACUCUUCGGCGGACUCUGGGAUAAAAUCCAUGGCGUCGAAACGCCGUGAUUCUAAAGCUACACCACAAGAUUUUCGUGCAGAUUUUCCACCAUCAUGGGAACGGAAAGACUCUACAACUAUCGUACCUUCAAGAGAUCGCCGCUUUAAGAGACGUAGCUCCGGCGAUGAAAAGGACCGCAGAGAUUCAGUAGAUGGGCAUCGUCACCAUAGACGUGACUCUGUGGCGGUACCGCCGCCACGUAUAAUAGCAACUCAUAAAAAGCGACGAGCCUCUCCUCCUACCCCCGCGCCGCCAUCCUUCGUGGACGCAUCCUCUGACCCUGGACCCUCAACGCACCUACCGUCAGUAACUAUAGUCGCUGUUCAUGAACCCAGUCGUUCGGACGGUGAAUGCCAGCCGAUGACAAUGCCGACCAUCAUUACGUCCGCUGUAACACCAUCGCCGACGUCACCGACAACACCGGCGGGUCGAAGAGAUUCGACAACGCAAUGUGGACGAGCUCGUAGAGAUUCUCGAGCGGCGGCAAGUCCAGAACGAAGACUGGGCCGUCUGCAGAGGCAGGCGACCGCUUUCGAUGAUCCUAGUGGUCCGCCGGGUACCAGACGUCGUGAUUCAGGUCCUUCUUUGGGCCCCGAUGACGAAGGACGCGCGAGAAGAGAUUCUUUGAGCCCAGAUUCGGCGGCACGCCCUCGUAGAGAACGCAAUCAACUCAGCCCCGACCGGGCCGGGGGUGGUGAGCUGAGUCCGUCUGCGGCUCGCCGUCGUAGCCGCCUCCGGAGGCAGGCAUCAUGCGCCCGCAUGGGCCGCGCACGCAGCCCUGAGUCCAGCUCGUGCUCAAGCCGAGACCCCAGCCCGUGCGCUCGCCCUCCAGAACGAACGAUAUUCCGAAGGCAAUCGACUACGGAGGAAAUAUUAAUAGCUCGCGGCUUCCGCCGGCAAUCGACCACCGAAGAAAUGAUACGUUGCCGUAACUUCAGACGUCAAAGUUCUCAGAGCGACGACGCGUGCAUGCGCGCUCGGGGCCGCCGCGACUCCUCCACGCAGAUACUGGACGGCACCAUCGGCACCAUGACCGUCGAGACUACGAGUACGUUCUUCGAUUCGAGUACACAGACAGGUCAGUACUUUACUAUUAAUUCUAUUCACAAUAAUACUUAUUGUACUCGUAUUGUAUGUCAACAGAAACGUGCUCGUCGAUUCAAGAAUCAGAUCCUGUGCGACCUACACUUCGCGGACGUCGCGCUCAUGGAGUGCAGCGACUUUAUGCAACAACUGCGCAGCUUCAAACCACAAUCGCUGGGCUGCGCCGUCGCCAGGCGCAAGUCCUCCACCACGCUCAUAUUUCCGCUGCCGCCUCAAGCUUGCUCAGAUGAAUUCUGCGAGGAGUAUCCGCACAGCCUGAUCCCGACGCCGGGCUACUGGAUUGAGUGUUCGCGGCAGAAGAUUGCCACAGACACUAUCUGGGACGAGUCGGAGUCGGAACACGAUAGCCCGGAUCAGAACAACGAAACUGAACGUCGUAGAACAUCAGGAUCGCUGGACGAAGCUGCAGAAGAUAGCAGCGACAAUGGCGGCAGCACGCCUAAGAAGAAAACCGCGAUUGAAGAACAAUGGGAGAGAUCUGGCGGAUUCGAACUCACGUCGGUAGAACAGGAGACAUACGAAAAGUACUUCUAUGGCACAGAACAUUGGAACUAUUUCACCAAUGAUGAAGAUCUCGGACCAGUUAUAUUGUCUAUCAAGCAAGAAACAUUGAACUCUCGUGAUCAAUUCAGAAUCUUGGUGCGCGCUAUAAGCUACACUGUGCACGGUCUGAUCCCGGCAUCAUGCGUGUUCGCGGACCGCUACAACCGCGAGGAGGUUGUGCGAUCGCUGGGAAAGGAGGUCAACAUCAACCCUCCGCUUAUGCUAGGCCAACUGCCUGACACACCAGAGGAACUGCUCAAGCUCGACCAGGUCUUCAUAAAAUCGGAACUAAAAGUGGGUGUGAUCUAUGUCAAAGAAAAUCAGUACACGGAGGAAGAAAUAUUGGACAAUAACGAGAACUCUCCUAUGUUCGAAGAAUUCCUACAAGUAUUAGGAGAGAAAGUUCGCUUAAAAGGGUUCGACAAAUACAAAGGCGGUCUAGACACGGUGCACGAUCUGACUGGUUUGUACUCGGUGUACACCAACUGGCGUGGCAUUGAGAUCAUGUUCCACGUGUCUACACUGCUGCCGUAUGAGCGACAUGACCCGCAGAAGCUGCAAAGAAAGCGGCACAUCGGGAAUGAUAUUGUUUGCGUCGUGUUCUUAGAAGCUGACAAUACUGCCUUCUCCCCAGCUUGUAUCAAGAGUCACUUCUUACACACUUUUAUUUUAGUGAGAGUAUCGGCAAAGAUCAAGAGGCGUCCGACGCGGUAUGAAGUGUCGGUCGUUACGCGGGAUGAGGUCGGCGCAUACAAGCCCUAUUUGUGGGAGCAGAGUGUGUUUGACAAGGGCCCUAUGUUCAGGGAAUGGCUCCUAACAAAGAUAGUGAACGGCGAGCGUGCUUCGUACUCUGCGCCGAAGUUCGCACGCAUGCAGGAGCGCACGCGCAGUCAGAUGCUGGAGGAUAUUGUAGCUAACCUGCAGAACCACGCCGAGACCGGACAGAUACCCAAACCAUACAGGAGAGGUUCAUGGCGACCAAUAGGUCAUAUGCGACCUUCGUCUCCUCUACUGGAUUCCGUCAGAGAUCAGUUCGAGGACUACGACCAGCUGGCGAAGGACUUUACUCGCGUGUUCCUCAACAACGAGCUGAACAUCGCGCAGAACGCGCAGCUGUUUGACGUCGUCUUCCUUGUCGGACAGUCCAAGCAGAAGACCAAGUUUAUCGGAGUUCGUGCUAUACUGGGCGUGAGAAGUCGGGUAUUCCAAGAGAUGUUGUACGGAAUUCAGACUGGGUUCGGUUCCCCGCAAGUGCCGGUGGCGGAGCUGUUGGCCCGUCCAGCGCCCACGCUGCUAUCACCUACACCCGCGCGACAGAAGAGCAGCAACUUCCUACAAGUCCCUGAUAUUGAGUCACCAAGACCGAAAAGCGUGCCCAGUUCCCCGAUGGUGAAACGCGCGUUCUCGCGGCUGGGCACGAUCACAGCGGGCUGGGGCCGCUCCAUCCGUAAACAGCACUCACAACUCAAUGCUGACGACAAGAAGAAAUGGGCUAGCUCACAGGACUGCUCCAAUAAGGAGAGUAAAGAUAAGGAGAAAGAAAAGAAUGCGGCGUUAGCAGUGCCAAGACUGUCGGUGUGCGCGGACGCACAAAAAGUCGACCGCGCCAAGCUCGCUCAAACCGAGUUCUCCAUAAUAGAAUUCGAUCCAGAAACAUUCCGCAUACUGCUUGACUAUCUGCACACGGGCAGCUGUCCUCUGACCUGUGCCUCUAUACCCGGCCUCAUCUGUGCCGCGGAGCACUACGACCUGCCUGAACUGCUGCAGGCUUGCUUCCACCACGCCAAACAAUUCCUUAGGAUAGAAGUCGUUUGUACGAUGUUGAUAUCUUUGGAAAAUUAUUACUGGCGUUACACAUCAGCAUCUGAACUGGUCAACAUGAUAUUGGCGUUCAUCGAACAAAGAGCCUACGCCUUGUUCCAAACAUCUGAAUUUCUAAAUCUAUCCGAAUCUAUGGUCCAAAUGAUCAUGUGCCGAAACCUCGAAGUACCGGAGGUUAGAAAAUUUGAAGCAAUGCUGAGUUGGGCGAGAAAUAAAAUCAAAUCCAAAUCCGCAAACAAGACUGACGCCAAAAAUGAAUUUAAAACCAUCAUGGAGAGGUUAGCUAGAGAUCUAAAACUUUACAGGAUCUCACCGCAGGAAUUGAUAAAAGUGGUUCUACCGUCGAAGGCGAUAAAGAACGAACGUAUUUUGGAAACAUUGAUGUACCAAGCGAAUUCGGGAAUGUACAGGAUUCAGGACAGUUAUAUAGAGGCGUGCCAACAGCGCUUACAGAAACAAGACUCGAGAUUCUCCGAGUUUGAAAGUUUUGACUAUGGAAUUUAAAGCUGUGAGAUACCAGAGUAUUAGAUAUAUGACAAGAGAUCGGAUCGGAUUCUUAUAUUGCAGUACGUUGACGCGUUGGAAAGUAUUAUUGUUAUAUGUAUGUAGUAGAGGUGCGAGAAAUAUUUGUACACUUCUCGGAUACCUAAUCCUUGUUGUUGUUCAUUGAUACCUAUAUAUUUUUUACAUCUAGCUAGACGUGUUCAGUAUAAUCAUCUCUAUUUUUGGUACUGAAAUUUGCGAUAAUGUGUACUUAGUCUGGCGGAUGUAUUGACCCGUAGCUGUUUGUACCUUGAUGUAUAGUCGCCGUUACAUUGUGAUCCAAGUUAUAAAGAUUUAAGAAAGACUUGUGUAUCAUAACUGGUUAAUAUGAGUGUUAAUAUAAUUGUUUUCUUAUGAAAGAGAUUUUUGUUUAAAUACACUUCUAUUAAAAUUAUA